UGACAUCAUAUUUAUAAUUAUGAGAGUUUAAUGAGAAAAGUGGCAUCAUUGGAGUAGGUAGUUGGGAAGGGCCUGACUUUUUGAGUCAAGGCCAAGGAUACUGUCACCUAACCGGAGUUUAACAGAUUUAUUUGGCUACAGGCGAAACACAUUUCCUUUCCCAAGGCAGUGGAGUUAGAUUUGCCUCCCUUGCUUACUAAGAGAGGAAAUACUUCUUCCUCCAUUCAAGGCAGCUGCAAUCAGUUCUCCCAGAGAAAUCAUUAAAGCUCAAGGAUCCUGAGCACGGAGCCCAGAAGACGUGGCUGCCCGCCUUCCAGCCUCCCAGCUUCCCCACCGAACCGCACAGGCACCUCUGGGGGUGUCAUUUCAAAAGUCAAAUAAAAAGCAGUAUGAGGCGGCCAGGAAAAGAGUGCGAAGCCUAAGGGAGCAGGAGGAGGUUACAUUCAGAGGCCACAACAGCUUGGCUCCUGGCAGAACAUUAACAGAUUUCCUCCACCUACAAGAUCAUGGAAAUCUCAAUGGAAAUGCCGUUUGAAGAAUUUGAGAACUACUCCUAUGCCUUAGACUACUACUCCCCGGAGUCUGAAUUGGAAGAGCAGGUGCCCCUGGAAAUUGUUCACUGGAUCUCCCUCCUCUUGUAUGUCCUAGCAAUUGUUCUGGGAAUUCCAGGGAAUGCCAUUGUCAUUUGGUUCAUGGGAUUCAAGUGGAAGAAGACAGUCACCACUCUCUGGUUCCUCAAUCUGGCCAUUGCGGAUUUCAUUUUUGUCCUCUUCCUGCCCCUAUACAUCUCCUACGUGGCCUUGCGUUUCCACUGGCCCUUUGGCCUGUGGCUUUGCAAAGCUAAUUCCUUCAUUGCCCAGCUGAACAUGUUUUCUAGUGUUUUCUUCCUGACAGUGAUCAGCCUGGACCGCUAUCUCCAUUUGAUCUAUCCUGUCUUGUCUCAUCGGCACCGAACCCUAAAGAACGCAUUGGUGGUUGUUUUAUUUGUCUGGCUGUUGGCCUCUCUGCUUGGAGGUCCUACCCUGUACUUCCGGGAUACUCUGGAGGUCAAUAACCACAUUAUUUGUUAUAACAAUUUCCAGGGGCAUGACCCUGACCUCAUUGUGGUGAGACACCAUAUUCUGACCUGGGUGAAGUUCCUUUUUGGCUACCUCCUCCCUUUGCUGACAAUGAGCUCCUGCUACUUGUGUCUCAUCUUCAAGGUGAAGAAGCGAAACAUUCUGAUGUCCAGUAAGCAUUUCUGGACCAUCCUCUCUGUGGUCAUCGCCUUCAUGGUUUGUUGGACUCCUUAUCACGUGUUUAGCGUUUGGGAACUCACCCUUCACCACAACAGCUCUUUCCAGAGCAUGCUGCAAGGGGCAAUCCCUCUGUCUACUGGCUUAGCCUUUGUCAAUAGCUGCUUGAACCCCAUCCUUUACGUUCUAAUUAGCAAGAAGUUCCAAGCUCGCUUCCGGGCCUCUGUGGCUGAGGUACUAAAGCGUUCACUGUGGGAAGUGAGCUGCUCCGGCACAGCCAGUGAACAGCUCAGGAGCACUGAAACCAAGAGCCUGUCUCCCCUAGAAACAGCCCAGUGAGUACUGCGUCUCCAGAAUAUCCGUGUGACGCUUUUACGUGAGCCUCAUAGCUAAUCCUUUCAGAUUAAGUGUCUUCUGAUCUAAACUAACCAUAUUUUUUGUUGUUUUUCUUGAGUGUAUCGGCCUCACAUGUUCUUGUGGGUUAUGAAAUGCAGGAUUCCUUGUUCGCAGUUUAAAUGAUGUCUCUUUCUGGAUGCCCUCUGGUGGCGAUUGUGACACUGACUGCCUAAAACUUUCUCCUACUGUUUUUGCCUGCCUCUAUUAAUGUACUGCAGUAUAUGUAUCAGAUUAAAUUAAAAAAAAAUUAUAAUGUAUACCACAUUAUAUUAAAUCACCUCUAUUGAA